AUGAGGACCUUGCAGAGCGCGCAGUGGAGAAACGCGCAGCUCGUGCGGGGUCUGUUCGCGGUGGUAGUGAGCGGUGCCAAGUUUGAGAUGGAGAUGACGGAGUUGAGGUCCUCGGAAACGUCGAGCGCGAACGAGCAGGAUAGGUUAAUGGAAGAGGGGGUGAUGGAAGAGGGGUUGGUGGAGCGGGAGACGCGAUUGCUGGGGGGGCUGUUUGCGGAGUCGCAGUGGUAUGUGGACGAGGAUGUGGAAGAGCCGCAGUUUACGUUGGGUGAGACGAACUGGCGUGAGCAGGAGCCGUUUGCGGUGAUGGUGCAGUGGCUAGCGGCGCUUGAUAAGAGCGGGGUGGCUGCGUCGGAUUCGGAUGAUAGGGUUUCGGUGGAGUGGUCGGGCAGUAAGUUGUCGGAAUGGAGCUUGGAGAUGGCAAAGAGGCGGAAGCGGUUCCACAAAAUGUUGACGGUGACUUUUACAGCUGUGGGCGUACUAGUGGGAGGGUUGUAUAUUUGGGAUAUGUUCACCGGGCCUACCCCAUAA